AUGAGUUCACAGUUGUGGGCCAACUACGAACAAAAAAUUAAGGCUAAGAGAGAAGCAAAUAAAAGAAAAAAAGCAACCGCAGGGACGGAGGAAAAGAAGCGGCGUCUUGACUCUGAUCAUGUUAUUGUUCAGCAGUUGUCUUCUAAAGUCGAAGGGAAGGUGCAGAAAUAUUCACGUAUUGACCCUCGCGAAUUCGUGUCCUAUAAGAAUAGCGACGUAACAAUAGAAAACCUUAAGCAGGCUUGCCAAGCUCAUUUUUCCUCGAAAGGGUUAAUGGAGAAAGGAACGGCAAUUGACAUCCUUGCAGGAGAGCGAGGACCUUCAUGCAAUGAAUUGGCACAGAUACCAGAUUUGAAGAUUAUUCAUGUACGAUUUGUUCCCCGUAGACGUAACAAUGGUGACAGUGAUAGUGAUUACGGCUCUCACAGUGCGCAGAACUUGUCCAGUCAAGCCAGCUUCAGCUGUACCCGCAGUAACAGAAUACGGAGUGUGUUGCAUUCCCGCCCUUUGUGUGCUGCUUCCUUAUUGCUGCCAAACGUACGUAAACAAGCUUCAUUUUUCCCCAAGUGCUUGUCAAUAUCAACUAUGUUAAAACUUGGAAAAGUCGCAUCAAAUGAGAGUGAAGUCACUGUGAUAUGA